AUGCUACCAAAGUCGUUGGGUCAGUUACAAUUGCUUCAAUCACUGCACUUGAACCACAACAAGCUUUCAGGAGAGUUCCCCUCAUCUUGGCAAAAUUUAACAGGUUUGGAUGUCCUUGAUCUCAGUUACAACAGAUUAUCGGGUCAGGUUCCUACUUGGAUUGGAGUUGCUUUCGUAAAUCUUGUAAUUCUCAACUUGAGGUCGAAUAUGUUUUCUGGAAGACUUCCUUCUCGACUUUCAAAUUUAAGCUCCCUGCAUGUCUUAGACCUUGCACAAAACAAUCUGAUGGGUGAAAUUCCAAUCACUUUGGUUGAGCUUAAAGCCAUGGCUCAAGAGCAAAUGAAUAUAUAUCAGUUAAGUGUGAAUGCCAACUCCUCGUAUACCAGCUCCUUGUAUGAAGAACGAUUGGUUGUGAUUGCCAAAGCCCAAAGUCUUGAAUAUACCAGGACUCUUUCUCUUGUUGUAGGCAUUGACCUAUCCGACAAUAAUUUAAGUGGAGAGUUCCCCCAAGAAAUAACAAAAUUGUUUGGUUUGGUGUUUUUGAACUUGUCGAGGAAUCACAUCACUGGCCAAAUUCCUGAAAGCAUUUCAAUGUUGCGACAAUUGUCAUCUCUUGAUUUGUCAAGCAAUAAGCUUUCCGACACCAUUCCUUCAAGCAUGGCCUCAUUAUCAUUCUUGAAUUAUUUGAAUCUACCAAAUAACAAUUUCUAUGGUGAGAUCCCCUUUAUAGGGCAAAUGACAACCUUCCCCGAGCUGGCCUUUGUGGGAAACCCUAAUCUAUGUGGAGCUCUACUGGCCACAAAAUGCCAGGAUGAAGAUCCAAAUAAAAGGCAAAGUGUUGUUAGUGACAAAAAUGAUGGUGGCUAUGUUGAUAAAUGGUUUUACUUGAGUGUUGGCUUGGGAUUUGCCAUGGGCAUCCUAGUUCCAUUUUUUGUUUUGGCAACAAGGAAAUCUUGGUGUGAGGCCUAUUUUGAUUUUGUGGAUGAGAUUGUCAGAUGGUUGUUGAGAGGAAGAGCAACCUAUGCCAAAAAUCAUCCUAGAAGGCGAUAA